AUGACUUCGAUCGAGCGCAUGUCCCCCUUGGACCUGCUCAGACUAAACCAAACCAACCUCGAUCCCUUGACAGAGAACUAUGACCUCGGCUUCUACCUCAAUUACCUGAACAAAUGGCCCUCACUCUUCAACACCGUGAAAGACCGUGAUGCUGGCGUCGUGGGCUAUAUCAUGGGAAAGCUAGAAGAACAACACCCGUCCAUGCGACACUCAGAACACUACACCCCAUGGCACGGACACAUCACCGUGCUGACCGUUGCGCCGGCCUGGCGGAGACAAGGACUCGCACGCAAGCUGACCGAGCAAUUGGAGCGUGGAUCAGACAGCAAUGAUGCCUGGUUCGUGGAUCUAUACGUGCGGGCUGGAAAUAAGGUUGCGUACGAUAUGUACAAGGGCAUGGGAUACUCUGUAUUCCGACGAGUGGUGAAUUAUUACAGUGACGAUCCGUCCGGAAUGUCUGACUCUGGGGAAGAUGCAUUCGAUAUGCGCAAGCCGUGCAGUCGGGAUAAGAAGCUCGAGCACGUGCGAGAAGACGGGGAGAAUUUCCCUGUUGGGCCUGAGGAUGUGAUGUAA